ACAAAAAAUUUAAUAUGCUACAAACCAAUACUACAAAAAACUAAAUCAACCUUUUAUUUAAAUAUGGGAGACAAAUUCUACACAGAUGCAGCAUUUUACUGGGCGAAUGUACCGUCGACUAUUGAUGGUGUACUCGGUGGCUAUGGUCAUAUUACGGAAACCGAUAUUCAAGGAUCAAAAAAAUUUCUAAGUGAACUGUUAUCUUCAGAAAAUCCACCAGCUAGAAAACGUGCAUUAGACUGUGGAGCUGGUAUCGGCAGAAUAGCAAAGAACCUUCUCAUACCUAUAUUCAAAAAAGUCGAUUUAGUCGAACAAGACGAGAAGUUCAUUAACACGGCAAAACAAUGGAUUGGUGAAGGUAAUGCGAAAUUAGGCAGAGUUUAUCAAAUUGGACUGCAAAAUUUCGUACCGCAAAAACAAUACGAUGUUAUCUGGUGCCAGUGGGUACUUGGGCAUCUCAAUGACUACGAUUUUGUAGAAUUUUUGGAACGAUGUUGCGAAGCUCUUAAUGAAAACGGUGUUAUUGUUAUAAAAGAAAAUGUAGCCACCUCAGACUGUAUAGAAUAUGAUGACGUGGAUUCAUCUGUUACCCGACCAUAUAAAUUAUUUCAAAAAAUAUUUGAAGCAGCUAAUGUUGACGUAAUACGAAGUGAAGAGCAAUCCAAUUUCCCUGACGACAUAUAUCCUGUUUACAUGAUUGCAAUUAAACCGAUUCAAACCAGUUGAAUAAAAUAUACUUAAAGCAAUUUAAUUAAAAUGUAAAUUAACUAUGAGAAUACUGUCUGUGGUAUUUAUAUAAAUUCGUUGAUUACCAAAACUUUAAGACAUCAACAAAGUUGUGCACAUCAAAUUUAUAGUGAGAGGGUCUUAUCUCUGAUGAAGUGGUAAAUCGUGGAGCUAGUUCGUGAUUAUAAUACCUAUUUAGUUUAAAACUAGGAUCUAAAACGUACUGUGAUGUUGUAAUUUAUUUGCUAAUACAUUCACCACUAGUUACAAAAUACUUGCUUCUUAGAUGGAUUAGAUAUUAGAUUUCAAAAUGGACAAAUGAUGAGAUGAGAAUUUUGAUUGCCCAUAUACAUAAUAUAAUAAACUAUUAUUUUGGAAUUUCAUUCAAAAAAGCAAUUAAUCUUCAAAAAUCUGAUUUAAAAAUACCUCCUCAUAUUUAUAUAUAAAGCGUACUUUAGAACCUGAAUCAAAAUUGAAAAAGUUCUAAUGAAGAUAAGUUAGAUAUAAAAAUAUUACUGGCAAUAAAUAAACAUUAC